ACAUUAAGAAAACAACAACAACUGGAGGAAGUCCCUGCAGAGACGCAUAUCCUUACAGAGUUUGCAGAGCAAAGUAAACCACUGAUCCUGUCACAUUAGGAUAGAUUCGCUACCAAUAUCGGGCUUGUAUGUGCCAUCUAUAUUUGGAUCGAUCCGCCCACUACUACCAAACAGCGGGCCGACCGUUGUGCAACCUGCAGAAAUGUCGUCUGUUGUAGUUUUCUUCUCCCUCCCGAUGUUGGUGGCUUCUGCGUUGAAAGAGCUCAGAGUGAGGCCUGGACAAGAUGCCACUCUUCAAUGUUGGGGUCCCAGAAAUGCACACAUCACCCUGCUGGAGUGGAGCAGACCGGAGCUCAUCUCACAGGGUUAUGUGUUCUUCUUCCAAGACCAGCGCUCGUACGAGAACUACCAGCACGAGUCCUUUAAAGGUCGAGUGCAGCUGAGAGACCCAUCCAUGAAAGACGGAGAUGUUACUGUGAUUCUGAGAAACGUCAGCGUGAGCGAUACAGGAGCAUAUGAGUGUCAGAUUACAACCAGCAGCACCAGAAAUGGCGAGAGAGUCGUCAAAGAGUUCAAGCACUCCAUCAACCUCACAGUCACAGAGUCUGUUCAGAUAAACAUCACAGCUGGACAGAACGUAAUUCUGCCAUGUCGAGCUCCAAACAUCGACAGCAAUUCCAAGGCAGUUGUAAAGUGGAGCAGAGCUGACCUUGGAAAAGAUUAUGUUCUUUUGUAUCGGGAUGAACAGCCUGAUCCAGAAGAGCAGCAUCCAUCUUUUAAGAACCGGGUGGAUCUGCAGAACAGACAGAUAAAGGAUGGAGACGCGUCUUUGAUUCUGAAGGAUGUCACGACUGCUGAUAGUGGAACAUACGAGUGUCGCGUCUUCAGAAGAACAAACCGCAGGAAGAGAGCUAAUCUGGAGACUGACCCUAUCAGUGUCAUCAGCCUGAAAGUUGAUCCUCCAGGUCAGACAGGAGGAGACACAGAGGAUGGAGUGAGCAGAGGACAUGCUGGACUGAUGGCGGUUUUGUCACUCUUUGCUGUGAUUGCUGCUUUGGCGAUCUUUAUAAAACUAAAUCCACCUCCUCCUCUUUCUUGUCCUUCUGUCUGCAGAAAUGUACUUUGAUUGUAGUAUGAUCCUGACAUUAAGAUUAAGGAAAAAUCUUUCAGUAAAUAUGAUUAAGACAACUAGAAUGAUCAUUAUUGCUACUGAACUGACUGUUGCACGUGUCAGAAAUUACAGUUGUUCUCAAUCGAUUUGGUGCAAUUCUCACAGCACAAACCUCAUUCUCCCUGCUCUUCAUGAAGUCCUUAAAACAGUUUGGGCAUUCUUCAUAAUUCAGAAUCAUCUGUGCAAAACACGCUCCAAACACGAAUCAGUCACUUCAACUCUGUGAAGUGAAUGGAUAAAAAAAAAAAAAACUUUCACCGCCUCUUAAAGAAGUCAUCAAAGUAUUUUUUUUUCUCAAAAACGUCCUGACUUUGGAAAAAAUGUCUGACCUUGAUGAUGAUGGGCUACAGUUACAGGCGAGCACACAGGGGGCCACACCUGUCAGCUAUCAACAUGAAACUGGGGCUGCAUUUCACACAGACAAACAUAUUGAAAACAUUAGAUUGAAAUACUGAAAAACAGUAAUCGGAGAAAUGAGCGAUCAAGAGCUCUAACUGACAAAAGUACAAACUUCUGUUUUGAUGAGUUUUCAGAUUCAAGUGACAAGUGCAUUAACGCAGCAACAAAGAUCACAAGUAUGGAUAUAAACAAAAGCAGUGUUUAUAAAAACAAUGAGACCGUCUAAUGUUCAUAAGGAAAUGCUCAAACCGAUUUAAGAACUGCAUCAAAAAUGGUGAGAAUGACUUUUCUCUCUGUGACGGAUGGAGAAAAGCUGUAAAGCUGGCCCACGUGUCCGCUUCAAUCCGUGCUCUCGUCACAGUGGACAGUUUGUGAACCAAGAACUAACUGGGCACUCAGAUAGUUCUUAGGUCAUGUGACAGAACAGUUCACCUUUAUUUCAGCUUUUUCAUUCAGACUUCCUUCACUGGAAAAUAAUAAAUAAAAAUAAUACAAAACAAUACAUUUUAAAAAUAAAUACAAAAAUAAAAGCUGUUACAAUAAAUUGUCUUCCAUAUUUUUAUUUUAUAUCCUAUUUUUCCUUUUUGAUAAAAUAAAUAAUAUUGUGAAAAUUGUCGAAUGUUUUAUCUGAUUUUGAGUGUGAACUGUAGCUUUGAAUAUGUUAAAAUAUAUUUGCAUUAGUAGCUGUGAUUGGCUCCAGCCCCCCUAAAGACUCUCAUAAGGCUAAGUGGAAGAGGAUUAAUAGAUGGAUAUUUACCUUUGAUGACUUCGCUUGCUGUAAUCGUGCUGAAGGAGUGUUAAAGAGCAAACAGCUCACACACAAAUGGAGAAAUCCAGAGA